CAUUAGACUACUCAUGAAAUUACUGAAAAAAUGAACGGAUUUAAUUAUUUGAAAACAAAUGAAAUUGAUGAUGGUGAUUCGGUGACUUUCUUGAGGUCUAAAAAUGUGAUUACUCCCAGUUCGGUCGACUGGAGAAACGAAGGAUACGUGACACCUGUAAAAGACCAAGGUAUGGAUUGCGAAUCGUGCUGGGCGUUUAGUGCUGUAAGUUUUAGUUUAUAAUAUGAUAAUGACUUAAUUUGUCGGUAUAAAAUAAUUGGAUUUAUUAUAAUUAAACUUUCGAAAAAUCGUAAACAAGUUUACACAAAUAAUUUUUAUUUAUACUUUUAUCAGAGUCUGGUAAUAUUUAGUUUUCUGUUUUGUUUUUUUUUAAAAAAAUUAAAAUUAAUGGUUACUCUUAGGGUUUCAGUUAAUACCAGAUUUAAAUAGAUUAUAGGUAAGUUCUACGAAAGUGUAAUGAGAUCAACUAUGUUGUAAGGUUCACAGUAUUUGGCGGUAGACAGAUCAAAUAGAACAGUGAAUGAGUGGAAAUACGUGUUAAAAUAGGAAAUGCAUACCAUUUAUAAUGUCAGUAUUAUUGACGCGGAUGUUGUCCGGAAAAUAUCACUAAAAAUUUGAUUGCCAGACUAAGAACACCCGACCAGAGUCCCUUGCUUGUUAGAUAAUUACUCUUACACUAAAUUAUCCGGAACUUAACUUGAACGGUUAAACACCCCGGUUUUGAGUAGUUGGUGGAGUAGCUGUCUGUAUAAAUGAGGGGACAAUGUGGCGUUUAGUUUUGCAUGCCCGCGUCAAAAUAUAGCUAAAACAUUUGUAUAAUAUCUGUAUUUGUCUUCCAAACGUAACAUGUAGGGAUUUAGGCGUGAUUUAUUUCCAACGUACUAAUUAAGCUAAGGAAGUUAUAUGGACUCUAAAAGCAGAUUUAAAUUUGUCGUGAAGUAUAUUUGAGAUCGACUUACCCACUCUUUUGAUUAUUGAUUUCAGUAACUCAAAAAAUUAAAAUAUCCUGUUUUAGAUUUAGAGUAAAGUGAAGAAGUUUAUAGUUUUAUAAGAAUGGUUAGUAUUUUCUUUUUUUUAUCUGUGUCAAAACUUUUCUACUAGAAAUCUUGCCCAGAUUUUUAGUGUUGCACCAUUUCUGGAAGGAAAUUGUUGUAGCUUCCCUAUUAAUUUAGGUGUCUUUUGACUUUCUCAAGAGUUUUCAAUCAAAUAUAAAUGUAAUCAAAUGUAAAACCUGAAAAAAACGGGAAGUAUUCGAAAUAUAUCACUGAAAUAUUACGAUUUCUUUAUUUGUAUACAACUCUUUAACUAGCGAUUUUCUCCAAUUUAUAAUGAGAGGUACUUUUGAAAAGUAAUUAUUAAUUUAUCCCGAGAGUAUUCCAGACUAAAGUGAAAAACGGGGUAAAACAUGAAGAAACUGGGAAAAACAUAAGAAAACUGGAAAAAUCGGUAAUGCUAUAUCAUUAUCAUAGAUUUCAGGGAGAUAAAUUUAAAAAGUGGGAAAGUGAAUCUCAAGUUCAUAACAAAUUCAAAUAAGUUUUCAGAAUUCUUAUCUCUUUACUAGACCAACUGGUACGUUAGAAUUAGUUGCCUAAGUGUCUAAAUGCCUAUAUUUUACGUGAGUUCGUCGAAGAGAGGACUCGUUGCUUCUAUUCCCCUAAAAGCGUUUUAUGGUUUUAUCAAAGUGUAUAUGUUUUAAUUUUAGACUGGAGCAUUGGAAGGACAACAUUUCCGGAAGACUGGGAAGCUCGUAUCAUUGAGUGAGCAAAAUUUGGUCGAUUGCUCUAAUUGGUUUGGUAAUUAUGGUUGUAUGGGUGGCCUUAUGAAUAAUGCGUUUAGAUAUAUAAAAUAUAAUAGAGGAAUUGAUACUGAGGAUUCGUAUCCUUAUAUGGGCGGGGUAAGACUCCAUCGAGUUGAUUGGCAUAUAUAUUAGGAAAUUUAUUAAUAAAUAUUUACAGCAAGGAAAGUGCAAGUACAGUUUUAGACACAAGGGCGCUACCGACAGAGGAUACGUGAACAUUACCCAUGGAGACGAAAACGCUCUCAUGGAAGCCAUUGCUACUGUUGGGCCGAUAUCUGUUGCUAUAGACUCUUCAGGGCUUGACUUCGGCUUUUAUAAAUCAGGUGUGUUUUACGCGUCUGAUUGUAGUUCUACACGGGUCAACCACGCUGUACUGGCUGUUGGUUAUAACACCACAGAAUCGGGAGAAGACUAUUCCUAUCAAUUCUUAAGAACCCCUGAGGAUUGGGGCGAAAAUGGUUAUGUUUUGAUGGCACGUAAUAGGAAUAAUAACUGUGGUAUCGCAACUAUGGCCAGUUAUCCUUUGGUCUAAAUUAAAAAAAUUUAUCAAGCGAGAAAUAUUAUACAUGUGUUCUUAGUUUUAACAAUAUUGUAUCAAAUAACUACUACAAUAUAAUUAUGUCCAAAAAAUUAUACUUAUUUCUCACUACUAUACUAUGUUUAUAUAUGAAUGUAUUAUUUUUUAAACAAAUACCUUAUUGAUAUGUUUUAAAAAUUAAUAAAUUUCAUGAGGAUUAAUAUCCAUACAUAAUGAUAAAUAAAUAGUACCAGUACAUAUAAAUAAAUGGAUCCUUAAUGUUAUAAGUAGGGCCAAGAAUAAAAUGCAAUCAAAUUAUGAAAAAUAUGAAAAAUAUAUUGUUUCGUUUUUCAAUUGUAACUAUAGAAAACGAAUAAGGUACUUAUUUAAAAUAAAUAUAAUCGUAUUUAUUUUCCCGGUUAAUCCUUUUUAUUUUAAAUACCAUUUCCGAAAUUAAAAAAAAAUGUAUGUGUUUAUUAAGGAAAUAAGAUUGACUUUUAAAAAAGGUGCUACA